UGCGCUAUGCAUACUUCUAUUCUUCUCUUGACAGCUUUGUGCGCUGGAGCUUAUGCUCAAUUCUCCGCCAACGGACAAGCAGCCAUCCUCAAUGUCCAUAAUACUCUUCGAUCAAGAAUUGCUAAAGGAACCUAUGUGGCCAAGGGAACCGCAAAGCCUGCUGCAAGUGACAUGCUCAAGAUGAAAUGGGACGCCACUGUCGCCGCUUCAGCCCAAGCUUAUGCUAACAAGUGCCCAACCGGUCACUCUGGAGCCGCAGGACUCGGAGAGAACCUCUACUGGUACUGGACUUCUGCAACCAUCACCAACAUUGAUCAAUUCGGAGCCACCGGAUCUGCUGCCUGGGAGAAGGAGUUCCAGGACUACGGAUGGAGCUCAAACACACUUUCCAUGUCAUUGUUCAACACAGGAAUCGGACACGCUACUCAAAUGGCUUGGGCAAAGACGAAUUUGAUUGGAUGUGGUGUGAAGAACUGUGGAAAGGAUACCAAUGGAUUCAAUAAGGUCACCGUUGUCUGUCAGUACAAGCCACAAGGAAACUACUUGAACCAAAACAUCUACACAUCUGGAACCACCUGCUCAAAAUGCCCAAGUGGGACCUCGUGCGAGGCCGCUACCGGACUCUGCGCAUAAUUCUUUGCUGUUUUUGUAAAUUAUUUGCAUAAUAAUAAACUGUAGACAUUG